UCUUAACCAUUUCACAAUACAUUACGUACUGUGAUCAAAAUGGCCGACCAGAUGGAGACGGGUCCUACCAACAAUGUUGGUCAGGCGGAGCUCACGUCAGCCAACUAUUACUUCGACAGCUAUUCUCACUUUGGCAUCCAUGAGGAGAUGCUCAAGGACAGCGUGCGCACCCGCACCUACAUGAACGCCAUCAUGAACAACGCCUUCCUCUUCAAGGACAAGAUCGUGCUGGACAUUGGCUGCGGCACCGGCAUCCUCUCGCUUUUCAGCGCCAAGGCUGGCGCCAAGCAUGUGUACGGCAUCGAGUGCAGCACCAUCGCCGACCAGGCGCGGCAGAUCGUGAAGGACAACGGCUACGAGGACCGGGUGACCAUCAUCAAGGGCAAGGUGGAGGAGGUGACGCUGCCGGUGCCUCAGGUGGACAUCAUUGUGAGCGAGUGGAUGGGCUACUUCCUGUUCUACGAGUCCAUGCUGGACACGGUGCUGUACGCGCGCGACAAGUGGCUGGUGCCGGGCGGCAUCAUCAUGCCCGACAAGGCCACCCUCAGCCUGUGCGCCAUCGAGGACGGGGACUACAAGCACGACAAGAUUGAGUUCUGGGACAACGUGUACGGCUUCAACAUGAGCUGCAUCCGCCAGCUGGCCAUCGCUGAGCCGCUGGUGGACAUUGUGGAGCCCGACCAGAUCGCCACCAACGUGCAGACCAUUGUCAGUGUGGACAUUUGCACCAUGAAGAAGGAGGACGCGACCUUCUCCGUGCCCUUCCAGCUCGACCUGACGCGCAACGACUACGUGCACGCGCUGGUGGGCUACUUUGAUGUCGCCUUCACGCGGGGGCACAAGCAGCUGAGCUUCUCCACCUCGCCGCGGGCCCGCCCCACGCACUGGAAGCAGACGGUGUUCUACCUGGAGGAUACGCUGAUUGGCUGCAAGGACGAGACCAUCAGCGGGCAGAUGCACUGCAAGCCCAACGCCAAGAACCCUCGUGACCUGGACAUCACGAUAGACUACGAGUUCAAGGGCGAGCGGGGGCAAGCCAAGAACACGCAGGAGU